AUGGUGCUUGGUGAAGCUCCAAUUUUCAGGGCGAAUGAUUCUACUCUCCACUGGGUUGAUUGCCUUUCUGAACCAUCGCGGCUGUAUAUUCUCAAGAUUGAUGACUCCGGUGAUGCGAUUGGGGAGGCUCGGGUGUUGGACCUAGAGGAUAGUGUCACGGUGGUCUUCUUUCGCAAGGGCAAACCAGGAUACAUCGCUGCUUACUACCAAGGGGUCUGCUUCAUCGAUGAACUGACAGGGAAAAUGGAUAUCGUAAAGGAGAUCAUCCCAACAAGUCAACGAGACGUGUUGCGAUUCAACGAUGGUGGCAUCGAUGCUAAGGGAAGGUUCUGGCUUGCAGAAAUCGACAAAAAGGCUAUGGCAUUUGGCCCCAAUAAAUUGCCAGAAAGCUACGGAACCCCACGGGGCCGUCUCUGGAGAUUUGACCCCGACGGUAGCCUGCACCUAGUGAUCGAAAAAGGUGUUGUUUGUGGAAAUGGACUUGGUUGGAGCCCGGACAACAAAACAAUGUAUUUCCAUGAUUCGGUAGCUAUGGUCGUUUGGGCUUACGAUUUUGAUCUGGAGUCUGGAGACAUCUCUAACAAGCGGCUACUCAUUGAUCGUCGUUCCUCUUUUGGUGAACCAGAUGGGAUGGUUGUCGAUACCAAUGGGAAUUUGUGGAUAGCCAUGUUUGACUCCAACCGGGUAAUGGUUUUUAGCCCGGAAGCUCGCCAUUUGAAGGAUAUUAUUUUCUCUGCCAGGAACCCGGCCUGUACUACUUGGGGUGGCAAGAACUUCGAUAUCAUUUACAUGGCUAGUGGCAAGGAUCGACGCCCAAACCCAGACCCUCAAGAUGAAGGUGGCCAUAUGUUUCGAUACAAACCAACUGAUGCUCAUGGCAAACCAAAACAUGAGUUUGCAGGGUAA